UCCCCCACUUUCCCCCCUCUCUCUCACAGUUCCUCACACCUUUCCAACGCACAACUCAAAAGAGAAAUGGCCGCCACCGCCACCGCCACCGGCCUCCUCCGGGCCACCCCCUUUCUGGGCCAGACCAGAUCCUCCCCACAGAACCCCCUCAGAGAUGUCGUCGCCAUGGGAACUCCCAAAUACACCAUGGGAAAUGAUCUGUGGUAUGGGCCAGACAGAGUCAAGUACUUGGGACCCUUUUCAGCUCAGACUCCCUCCUACUUGAACGGUGAGUUCCCCGGCGAUUAUGGAUGGGACACUGCCGGCUUGUCCGCCGAUCCCGAGGCCUUUGCCAAGAACAGAGCUCUCGAGGUGAUCCACGGGAGGUGGGCCAUGCUGGGAGCCUUCGGUUGCAUAACACCGGAAGUCCUAGAAAAAUGGCUGAAAGUGGACUUCAAGGAGCCGGUAUGGUUCAAGGCCGGCGCCCAAAUCUUCUCAGAAGGGGGGCUGGAUUACUUGGGGAACCCAAACCUGGUCCACGCGCAGAGCAUCCUGGCCGUGUUGGGCUUCCAAGUGGUCCUGAUGGGACUGGUUGAAGGGUUCCGCAUCAAUGGCCUGGACGGCGUGGGUGAGGGCAACGACCUCUACCCAGGGGGUCAGUACUUCGACCCGCUCGGACUGGCAGACGACCCCGUCACUUUCGCGGAGCUGAAGGUGAAGGAGAUCAAGAAUGGGCGCCUCGCCAUGUUCUCCAUGUUCGGGUUCUUCGUCCAGGCCAUCGUCACUGGAAAGGGCCCCCUCGAGAACCUGCUGGACCAUCUGGAUAACCCUGUGGCCAACAAUGCUUGGGUUUAUGCCACCAAGUUUGCCCCUGGCUCAUAAGUAUCAUAAAACUGUGUGCUGGGAGGUUUUCGUCCAUGGAAAUUGAACGAGUUUGUGGUGUAAAUUGUUUGUGUGUGAGUGGAUGUGAUUAUUAGAAGGCAGAGAGCAUUAAGGUGGAUCAAUUGGACAUUAAUUCCCACUUGAUCGAAAUUGAUGUUCUUAAUCUUAAUUAAAUUGCCAUUAAUUA